ACAGUUGGCAUCAACCAAACAAUUGCCAAGCUUUCGCAAAGCUUCUUCCACGUGCGAGUCCCCUCCUUCUGCCCGCCGUGCUGGACUCUGGCUCUAGGUGCCCUCUUCCCAUUAGCCCAUUCUCAACUUCCAGUCAGCAGCACUCUCUCACGACAGAGUCACUUGAUCUGCUCUUAUCCAAGACCAACCCCUAGAAUCUUCUCCAUCCCGCUGUCACCUUUCCCACCUCCACCAUCCCAUUCAUCCUUAUCCUCCUCUUUUCUACAUUCAACAUUGAAGGGAUCUGAAGCAUCUUUCUCACUGAACUCACCAUCCCUUCCAACUGAAGGCAGCCAUGACUGGAUCAACAGUCAUUCCUCCAUCUGUGUCGUCAGGAAAGCUCCUGAAAGGAGAGUCUCGCCUUCAGAAGCUUGAGAAGUUGAAGCUGAGUCUUGUAACGCCUUCGUCCGAGGCAGAAAGCGUGAAGAAUAAGACGAAGCCGCAAGAGCAGCCGCAAGGAAAGCAGCCUGAAAGAAUGAGCUCCUCGCCGUCCUUUCUGGACUCGGUCUCAACCACCGCUCCGGCAUUUCCUCGUCCCAAGCGGAUGUGCGACUCUUGCGUGACCGAGCCUGCGACCCUCUACUGUGCAGCCGACGACGCGUACAUCUGCGGCGUGUGCGACGGUUUCGUCCAUGGAGCCAAUCCCCUUUCGCAACGACACGAGCGUGUCAGGCUGGGUCCUAACGGAGCUCCGGUGAAAAUAUUCCGUCGCGCUGGCGGUAACGGUAACGGUAACGGGAGCUCUGAGCUGCCUGCGAUGGUUCGAGGAUCAGGCGUUGCCAAAAUGGUGAAAAACUUCCCAACAGCCGAUGGAAUAGCGUCAUCAGUUCUGACCAAUGCCACCGGCUCCAACUCGAAAAGACUCGGAGGACUCGUGAAGGAGGAAAGGAUCCUCCAAGGAGCGACAAUGGCACCCGGAGACAGUAAGAAACGGCAGCAACAUAAUUUCGGCGUUGCGAAAGCGAAAACGGGUGUGAUCGCGAAGCCCGAGCCUCAAGUUCAUUCCUGGGAGCCGGCUUUCCCUUCUCACUGCAUGGCGAGCGUCCCGCCGUCGCAUGGAGGACGAAACAGCAACGGUCAGCGAACGCCUGUAAGCGCGGCGUCGAGAGGAGCCUCCGCUUCCGCUGCGCCUUGCGGAGCUUCGGAAGCUUCCCGAGCUUCUCCGCGGGGUGUUUCCGCCGCUCCCCCUCCCCCGCACUGCUACUGGCGCCCAGAGGACUGCUCCGCGCAAGGGGUACCGCCUAUGCCCCAUUACGGGCCUGGUCUUAUCCCUCCGUACAUUCCCCCGCCGCACAUGGCUCCUUACGUCCACCCCUGGCUUGCGCCGCCUCCGCACCCCGGUGUCGUCUACCCUCCCGUGCCCUGGGGUCCCAUGUACGGACCGCAUGUGGGAAUGCCUUAUAUGGGAGCUGCUCCUAACGAGUACAUUGGGCAUCCGGGGGACUACGCCGCCGUUCCGCACCACCCGCGCUUGGCGGAGAUCAUGCGAGGCCCGCGGCCUUCGAAGAAACAGAAGCGUAGCGGCAGGCAUUUUCCGUCGAUGGGGGCCGCGGCUGACGGGGGGAGCGCAGGGCGCAAACUGAAGCAGGAAGCGGAAGGGGGGGUCGGCGGAAGACCAGCUGAAGGAAUGGCGGACGAUGCUUUCCUGGAUAUCCUGUCAUUCGACGACGUGGACCGUUUUUUCGUAGAUGAAGCCGACGAGUGCACGCCAGUAGCGGACGGGCGGACGGGCAGAGAAGUACCAGACGCGCCUCAGCUCCCCGAGACGCAGCAGACCGCACGAGGAUUGACGGCUGCCGAACCUGCCACCCUCGGUGCUACCGACGCGAAGGCCAGCGACAAUGCGAUGGCGAUUCCCUCGUCCAGCGACGCGAGCUCAAACAGCGGGUGCGGCGGCGGCACGUUGCGCGCGACCGGCGUGGGGGAGAGCGCGAGCGGAAGAGAAGCGGAGGGAGAGGGGGAAGGGGAGGGGGAGGUGAAGCUGGAGGCGCAGGGGUUCGAGGACUUCAUUAUGAGUCACGGGGAGGAGGAGGGCGAGACUGAGGGGUGGUUCGUCGGCGGGUGGGGCUUUGACGAGUCCGCGGAGGCCGAAAGCGAAGUCGACGUGGAGCCGCUCGACGCCUCGCCCACCGCGGGUGACGCCAGCGGCGCAACCAGCGCCAGCGCCGCCGCGCGAAACACCCCUCAGGCGCAUCUGGGGAAGAGGCUCCUCGCGGAAGACGUCUUCGGCAGCAGCUGCGGCGCUCCCGCGUGCGGAGGCGCGGAUGGGAGAGCGGGCGCGGAUGCAGGGCUGGCGGUGAAGCUGGGCAGUCACAAGGAGCUCCAGCAGCAGUCGCCGAGCCUGCGGCUGAACUACGAGGACGUGAUCAGCGCGUGGUCGGACCACGUGCACGAGGGGCAGUCGCCGUGGAUUGAGCAGGACGACGAGGAGGGCGGCCGUGAAGUAAAGCGCGACGGCUUCAAUCGGCUACUGCCUGCGCACCUCCCUGGCUUUCCUGCACAUUCGUCUCCAUCGUUACCUGGCACUGCUCAGCAGCAGCAACAGCAGCAGCAUCAGCCGCUGCAGCCUGGGUUUGACAGCGACGCCUUUGAGCCGUUCUCCAGCGAGGACAGGGAGGCCCGCGUGCUGCGCUACCGCGAGAAGCGGCGCAACCGCCUCUUCUCCAAGAAGAUCCGCUACGAAGUGCGCAAGGUCAACGCGGACCAGCGGCCCCGUGUCAAGGGGCGUUUUGUGAAACGAACUGAGGUACCCUGCCAAGAGUGAGCACUUCUAUGACGCCUGCUACGUUGAUUCACCUGUGCAUUCAGCAAGCGACGGGAAGAACAGGCUUCUGCAAGAGAAGGGGCCUAGCUCGCUGGUUUUUCCCCUCCACCCGUGCUGCUGUUGUGAGUGCAACAAGCUACUGGCUCUGGGGUGAGCAACAAGCAAGAGCGCUGAGAAGUGCAACAAUUUUGAAGUCUACCUGCGUGCUGCGCCGAGGGGGAUUUUACUUGCCAUGUCUCGUCGCCAAGCCACACUGCAUCCAGGAUACCCAUGGGAAAGCGUUUGAUGUGUGGAAUGUGUGCUUAAAGCAAGGGUCUCAAGAAGCAGAAAACCAAAUCCCAAGGUUUUGGUUUUGGGUUGACGAACUUUGCGAAACAGUUACAACGCCCAACCAGCACCCCUCAUCGCACCUCGCAAUUGCCGAGACCUUUGGGUUUGGUUUUCUGCUUCUUGAGACCCUCGCUUUAAGGAGAGAUCUCGGAUGUGGAGUCGGUGCUCUGAUUUGUUGAUGACAAAUGUGCUUAUACCCCCUGGGUUCAAUUAGGGUAGUCUGUGUGAGUGCUUGUGUAUGUAUUUAUUCUUAUUUGUGAGACGGAUGGACGCAAGUCCAAGAGAAGGAUUUUU